GAGUUGUUUGCAUAGGGCAGAUACUCUUCAACUCUCAAGUCAUAACCCAUCAACAUCUAUCUUUAGUUUUGCUCUCUCACUCACUUCUUCACUCAUAUAUAUAUAAAACAUUGAAAACAACAUAGACAAUCUCUCUCUCUCUGUCUCUCAAGGUCCUUCAAUGGCUUCUGUUAUCUACAAACGCUACUGUUUUGUUCUUUCUCUUACUCUUAGCUUCACUCUCUCCAUUCUUAGUUCAGCAUCAACUGAAGCUGAUAUACUUGUUUCCUUCAAAGCUUCAAUCCAGGACCCCAAGAACGCGCUUUCAAGCUGGUCUAGUGGCUCAAAUGUUCAUCACUGUAACUGGACUGGAGUCACCUGUUCUUCUACACCAUCUUUAGUCACUGUAACUUCUCUUAACCUUCAAAGUUUGAAUCUUUCUGGUGAAAUAUCUUCUACGAUUUGUCAACUAGCCAAUUUGACAGUUCUUAAUCUUGCUGAUAAUCUUUUUAACCAGCCUAUACCAUUACAUCUUUCCGAGUGUAGUUCUUUGGUGACUUUGAAUCUUAGUAAUAAUCUCAUUUGGGGUACAAUCCCGGAUCAGAUUUCUCAGUUUAAGUCUUUGGAGGUACUUGAUUUUGGUAGAAAUCAUAUUGAGGGAAAGAUCCCAGAAAGCAUUGGCUCAUUGGUGAACUUGCAAGUACUCAACUUGGGAAGCAACUUGCUUUCAGGUAGUGUUCCUUUUGUUUUUGGGAAUUUUACUCGGCUUGUUGUUCUUGAUUUGUCUCAAAAUGCAUACUUGGUCAGUGAAAUUCCUAGUGAUAUUGGGAAGUUGGAGAAGCUUGAGCAACUUUUUUUGCAAAGUUCUGGUUUUCAUGGUCAUAUUCCUGAUUCUUUUGUGGGUUUGCAAAGUUUAGCCUUUGUAGACUUGUCACAGAAUAAUCUAAGUGGUGAAAUUCCUCCAACACUAGGCUCUUCUCUCAAGAGCCUAGUGUCUUUUGAUGUCUCUCAAAACAAGCUUUCAGGGUCAUUCCUGGAUGGUGUUUGCAGCGCACAAGGCCUCAUAAACCUUGCUCUCCACACUAAUUUCUUCAAUGGUCAAAUACCCACAUCAAUUAAUGCAUGUUUGAGUCUUGAGAGGUUUCAAGUUCAGAACAAUGAGUUUUCUGGUGAUUUCCCAGAUGAGUUAUGGUCGUUAAGAAAAAUAAAGCUCAUCAGAGCUGAAAACAACAGGUUUUCUGGUACGAUACCGGAUUCAAUAUCAAUGGCAGGUCAAUUGGAGCAAGUUCAGAUAGAUAACAACAGCUUUACAAGUAAAAUUCCUCGAGGUCUUGGUUUGGUUAAGAGCCUAUAUAGAUUCUCUGCAUCUCUUAAUGGUUUCUAUGGUGAAUUGCCUCCCAAUUUUUGUGAUUCUCCGGUAAUGAGUAUCAUAAACCUUUCCCAUAAUUCCCUUUCUGGUCAUAUUCCUGAGCUCAAGAAAUGCAGGAAACUUGUCUCAUUAUCUUUGGCAGAUAAUAGUCUUACUGGAGAAAUCCCAUCAUCCCUUGCUGAAUUGCCUGUGCUAACUUACCUUGAUUUGUCCGAUAACAAUUUGACUGGUUCAAUCCCACAAGGGCUGCAAAAUUUGAAGCUUGCUCUCUUCAAUGUAUCUUUUAACCAACUUUCUGGUAGAGUCCCUCCUGCUCUUAUCUCAGGUCUCCCUGCUUCAUUUUUGGAAGGAAAUCCUGGCCUUUGUGGCCCAGGAUUGCCUAAUUCUUGUUCUGAAGAGCUGCCAAGACACCAUAGUUCUGUUGGUCUCAGUGCAACAGCAUGUGCUCUAAUCUCUAUAGCAUUUGGCAUUGGAAUAUUGCUUGUUGCUGCUGCAUUUUUCGUAUUCCAUCGAUCCUCCAAGUGGAAAUCUCAAAUGGGUGGCUGGCGCUCGGUGUUUUUCUAUCCUCUUAGAGUAACUGAGCAUGAUUUGGUCAUGGCAAUGGAUGAAAAAACUGCUGUAGGAAGUAGUGGAGCUUUUGGCAGACUAUAUAUUAUAAGUUUACCAAGUGGAGAACUGGUUGCUGUAAAGAGGCUAGUCAAUAUUGGGAGCCAAACCUCGAAAGCGCUGAAGGCUGAGGUCAAGACAUUAGCCAAGAUCAGGCAUAAGAGCAUUGUUAAAGUUCUUGGCUUUUGCCAUUCAGAUGAAUCAAUAUUUCUAAUUUAUGAAUACUUGCAGAGGGGGAGCAUGGGAGAUUUGAUUGGGAAACCAGAUUGUCAGUUGCAAUGGAGUGUUAGACUUAAGAUUGCUAUUGGGGUUGCUCAAGGAUUGGCAUACCUUCACAAGGACUAUGCUCCACAUUUACUUCACAGAAAUGUCAAGUCAAAAAACAUUCUUCUGGAUGCCGAAUUUGAACCAAAACUUACAGAUUUUGCUCUUGAUCGGAUUUUAGGAGAAGCUGCAUUUCGAUCAACCAUUGCUUCAGAAUCUGCAGACUCCUGUUACAAUGCUCCUGAACUUGGAUACAGUAAGAAAGCAACUGAGCAAAUGGAUGUUUAUAGCUUUGGUGUUGUGUUACUUGAGCUCAUAACUGGCCGUCAAGCUGAGCAAGCAGAACCAACUGAGUCUCUUGAUAUCGUGAAGUGGGUUAGAAGAAAAAUCAACAUAACUAAUGGAGCAGUUCAAAUUCUAGAUCCUAAGAUAUCAAAUUCUUUCCAACAAGAGAUGCUAGGAGCUCUAGAUAUUGCUAUCAGAUGCACGUCUGUUAUGCCAGAGAAACGACCACAGAUGGUUGAAGUUGUUAGAGGACUUCUGUCUCUAUCCUCAAGAACUCAUCUUCCACAUUCAGACUUCUCAACCUCGGAAGAGAGUUCUUCACUUCCAGUUUAAAUGCUGAACAAUAGGUUAUCCUUUUUUGGGGUUUCAUGUCUCUGUGUGUACAAAAUGCAACUUGGUUUUACAUAUCUUAUUCUGCAAUCUGCUCUGAUUUAAAAAAGAAAAAUGUUCUUAUGGCAUUAUCUGUUCUGGUUUUGGGAUUUUGGACCUAUUGAUGAACAGUAAUACAACUAGUUUACAAUA